AUGUCACAGUUUUUAAUAGAACAAAUAAGGUACUUACAUGAAGAAAUUGAAUUAAUAGAAAAAGCCAUAGCAGAAUUAAUUGAAGAAAAAGUAAAAAAUAGUAAGAAAAAUAUUUUAUAUGAUUACUCUAUAAAUUAUUUAGUUGAAAAAAUUCAGAAAAAAUCAAAAAUACUUUUACAAUUUUAUAAUGAUGAAGAUAAUUUGAAAAAAGAGGAAAUGCAAUUCAUUGCAGGUAAAACAAGCGAUGAAAAAAAUGAUGUAUGGAAAAAUUACUAUGAAAGAAUUAAAUAUAUAAGAGAUUAUCAUAAAAAAACUAAUAUUAAAAAGAUAGAAGUGAAAAAUUAUAAAUCAUAUAAAAAUGAAGCUUUAAAAAAUAAUAAUUUAAAAGAAAUGUUUUCUCCUUUGGAAAAAAAAGGGAAAUGUGUUGAUAUGAACAAAUUUUAUAAUGAUUUUAUAAAUAUAAAAAGAAUUAAAGAGUUUCGAUUAAGUAUGUUCAAAAAAAAAGAAAUGGCUAGAUUAAAAAAAAAAAAUUCAAAUGAAAAAAAUACACCAGCUAAAAUAAGUGAAUUUAAGGAAAUGGAUAUAGUUACAUAUUUGCACAAUUUCACAAGAUUUUAUUACAUACCUAGGUAUUGUAAAUAUAAUAAUGAAGAAUAUAAAAAUUAUUUAGAAAGCCUCUUAAAUUAUUUAAUGACUUUUUUUGCAAAAAUAAAUGUACUAGUAGACUGUGAGAAGACUUUUAAACAAUAUGAAAAGAGUUUCAAUGAAAAAUUCGAAAAUAAAGAAGUGAAAGGUUGGGAAAAAUACACAUAUGAUUUAGAUUUUUAUUGUAAUAUAAAUAACAAGUUAUAUGCUUCAGAAGGAACAUAUAAAUGUUAUUUAAAAAGUAAAAAAUAUGAUGAUGAUUUAAAAAAAUACUUAAAGAAUAAAUAUACACUGGAACAGGAACAAGAAAUAAAAAAAAAAAUAGAAAAGGAAGAUAGAGAUAUGGCUAAAUGCGAGUAUUUAAUUGAAUUAUAUAAAAACUUACUAAAUAAGCUUUUCCAAAAAACAAUACAAAACAUACAAAGGAAGCAAGCCUUUAGUAUAGAUGAACUACAAAAAAGAAAAAAAGCAGAGAAAAAAAACGACUAUAUAUUAAGUAUAAGUGAUAAUAUUAAAAAUGAUGACAAUGAUAUUAGUCAAGCACUUAAUUUAUCUUCUAUGUCAUCAUCAAAUGACGAUACUUCUGAAUUUUCAGAAAUAGGUAGUAAUGAUGAAGAAGAAAAUGAAGAAGACAAACCAGUAUAUAACCCUUUAAACUUACCACUAGGGUAUGAUAAUAAGCCAAUACCUUAUUGGUUAUAUAAAUUACAUGGAUUAUCAAAAGAGUACAAAUGCGAAAUAUGUGGUAAUUAUUCUUAUUUUGGAAGAGCUAUGUUUGAAAAACAUUUUUAUGAAUGGAGACAUUCAUUCGGAAUGAAAUGCUUAAAGAUACCAAAUACGUUGCAUUUUAAAGAAAUUACAAAAAUUGAAGAUGCAUUAAAUUUAUAUGAAAAGUUAAAAAAACAAACACAACUGAAUAUUUUUAAACCAGAUCAAGAAAUAGAAUGUGAAGAUUCUAAAGGUAAUGUUAUGAAUAUAAAAGCUUACGAUGAUUUAAAAAGACAAGGAUUACUCUGA